AGAAACGUCGUCUCAUCUCGGCCCCGGCUCCUCCAGUCCAGCAAGUAUCGGACAUCCCUGAUCUAGCUCCCCAGGUCCAGCAAGACACUGAUGCUCCUCCCCAGUCCGAGUCUGUGGGUGAUCAGAUCUCUACAACAAGCGUGGAGAUGACCGAGCCUACCGGCCCUGCACCAGCCCAACCACCCAAGCCCGCCAAGAAGCGCAAUCCCAGGACCAAGACGAUCCCGGAAGGAACCCAGGUCUUCAAUGGGCAUCCGCUGCUCCAACCCUAUCCCCAGAACCUGCUUUCUCCUCGCGACCCCAACAGCACCGACCCGGUGGAUCCGAUCAUCCGCAUGCACAAAAAUGCACGAAGAUGCCAAGACACACCAUUGGGGUUCAUCAGCGUUGUCAAGCUCCCAGAUGGUAGAUCGCUUGUUGAUGCUCGAGAGGCCAUCGCUCUUGCUGAUGGCAAGCAUCAUUUCCGGGGCUAUACUCCCAAUAGGACCAAAGAAGCCAAGGCUGAGGCAAACAGCAUCAUGGUCAAAUGGUCCAGGACUCUCACUACCAUUCCAGCUGUGUACAUCAAGUUUGGAAAGGCCAUACAUGCAGUUCCCUUUGUCGAUGAUGACGGGUUCUUGGAUAUUAUCGAGAUGGGUUUUGGAGGCCGAACAAAGAUUGAAAAAGCCAGACAGCGCCGAUUUGUGAAGGCAGUCCUAGCAUAUGAUCUCCAAACUCUUGAUGAGAUUCGUGAAGAGAUGGAGUUUGAAAAUCGCCGCCAGGAGAACGAAAAUCAAAACUUUGUAUUUAUUACUUGUGCUGCGUUUCAACGAAGGAACAGGGAACAAUAAAUCUUCUUG